AUGGAAUUACUUAUGAUACAAAUAGAAAAGAGAAUUGAAGAACUAAAUAAUGAAGAGCUUAAAAUUAAAGAUGAAUUUAUAAAAGCAGAUGAAAUAAUUAUUUCACAACUCGAAACUUCGCAACAACAUCCAGAUGAAAUUAUUUCUUUACAAUCUGAAACUUCGCAACGAGAUCCGAAUGCUAUUUAUACAUCACAAUUUAUUUAUUUUUUUCCGUAA